UCCAAGAAUCCUGGCAUAACAUAUAAGCCUGUUGCUUCACGCCGUGAGCAAAUCAGCAAUUGUCAUUUGUCCUGAUGCCAGUGAUUGGUUAGCGACUCUGCAGUAUUGUCUUGUCGGCUUUUCACGUUGCGCUUGUUGGCGUCCGUCUUCAAUCCUCGUAGUUUUAUAUAAAGAACUCAACAGUCAUGGAUGAAGAGAAAAGAGCUGUGGUAGAUAUACUCAAUUCAGUUGAGUGCCAGAUUUAUAUGUCGAUAGAUGUGAUUCGAGAUUCGAAAAACAAGAAUAAGUCUAUCGUGACGCGACUUUUAGGCAACGCUAGAUUCAAACAAUCUUCUCACAAUAGUGGUGUGCACGAAAAUAUUUUGCAGUUAUAUUCGUUAAGUGCUAUGAGAUUACCUCCAGGAUCAGAGGAUCUGGCCACUGUAUAUGCUAAUAGAUCGGCCGUGAUGAUACAUCUGUGGAUGUAUGAAGACUGCAUUAAAGAGAUCGACAGAGCCAUGAAUAUCACAAAAAACGAUUUAUUAAAAAUCAAACUUUUUUGCCGAAAAGCUAGAUGUUUGCAUGCUCUUGGAUUGGAAGGAAAGGAAGAUGUUAUGAGCAAGGCAGAGGCAUUGUUUAAUAACGUGAAGAAUGGCCCUUCUGGAAAAACCUUUGCAGAUUUAAUGAGGAGAACUAAAUUGUCGCUAGAUGUGCCAAUCAGACACAAAAAUUUGAGCGUUCGUAAUGACAAAAAAUCAGCACGAGUUGAAGAUCUGCAUAAAAAACACAUAAUUAAUGACUUCUCAUUGGUUGAUGUUCAGUACAAUGAAAAGUAUGGCAGACAUUUGGUUGCAAAAAGAGACAUUAAUCCAGGAGAAAUCAUAUUCAUAGAGGAACCUUAUAUGCACUGUUUGGACUUGGUGAGAGGAUAUACGUACUGUUUUCACUGCUUAACCCCAUGUUUGAUAACUAUACCUUGUGAGCACUGUGGCUGGGCAAUGUUCUGCUCUGAAGGGUGCAAACAACAAGCAUGGGUGAAGUAUCAUGAUUUGGAAUGUGCUGUUUAUGAUUUUGCUAAGGAAAAUGUUGAUGGAGAUGGUGUUAAGCAUAUGGCUGUUAAGUCUUUAAUUUGCGCUGUCAGAGAAGCUGGUGGAGUUGAUCAGCUGAGAGAUGAACUAAAGGCAUUUGACAGCUGUACUGACAAGCUGAAAGGUUUUGUAAAAGAUGGAAAAAUUCAAAGCAGUGGGUUUAAAAGUAUCUAUGCUCUAUCAAGCAAUACUUCAGAUAAAGCAGAACCGAUUCACAAAAAUAACACCAUUAUGAUUCUCAGAGCAUUAGUUAAAAAUACAAAAUAUUUUGGGAAAAAGCCCGGUUUUGAAAAAACAGAAGAAUUAAAAAAAGAUGACAAAGUUUUAUUUCUUGGAUCUCUAGUGUACAAACUCAGCAAAAUCUUCCAACUUAAUAGCCGUAUAAUUCCAAUUGGACGUGAUUUUUACACGACUGGUCUUGACGCGCGUAUGUGCGAGAAUAAGCAAUGUUGUACCACAGGACUUUACAUUGCACCUAUUACCAGUUUGCUGAAUCACAGCUGUAUUCCUAACGUGAAAAGGUGCUUCAGCAACAAUUACUCUGUCAUUGUUUAUGCAGUUCAACCAAUCAAAAAGGGUUCUCAGCUAUUUGACUGCUACCAACAAGAAUUUUACGAGUAUAACAUAUCGCCGAGACAAAAGCACCUGAAGAAAACUUACAAUUUUAAUUGUGACUGUAAAGCUUGCAAAGAAAAGUGGGAUAUCGUGGAAUACGAAGUGGUUUCCAAAAAGAACUUGAAAAAGAACGCUCCAGAAUGGCGAUUAGCGGAUGAGUAUUUGCAGCUAAUCCAGGCGAUUCACGACAAGAAAAUCGAAUUGAGCGAGAAGCACAUCGAUAUUCUAACGAGAGGGAUCAAGAAAGCCUGUCAAAGUUUGAAUCAGCCUUCUUUUAUGACUACUAACUUGAUGAGAGCUCUGAACGUGGUUUUCAGAAGAUUGUAUGGCAUCGAGUUCAUGAUACCAGAUAAGUGUAACAACCUUUAAAACGCGAUGUUUAAAACAUUUUAGGAAGAUCGGUCUAAUAUCGUUUAGUUAUGUUCUACAAAAAGACAAUGUAUAUCGCAUUCAAGUUGACAAAUAUCGGCUAAUUACAUUUUCGUACGCGUUAAUUUAUUUUUGCGCUAUGAACGAUUUCAACAUUUCCAAAAGUA